AUGGCAACCACAACCGUCACCCCGGUCAAGUCGCAACUCGUCGACAAGUUGCCCAAGCGAUUCAAGGGCAUCAAAUUUGGCAUUCAGUCGAAUCAGGAUAUCGCGAACCAGGCUGUUCUUGAGGUCUCCGAUCGCCUCUUGUACGAUAUUGAAAAGAACAGAGCGCCGUAUCAACAUGGUCCCCUCGACCCUCGCCUGGGAACUUCGAGCAAGACGGGAAAAUGCGCAACAUGCCAGGAAUCACUCCAGAACUGCACUGGUCACUUCGGCCAUGUCAGACUUCCGCUACCUGCCUUCCACAUUGGCUACCUGCGUUUCGUCAUGAUGAUCCUGCAAGACAUCUGCAAGGACUGCGGCAAGGUGUUGCUCACCGAGUCAGAGCGCCGGGCCUUCCUCAAGGAGUUGAGGCGGCCGCUUCUAGACAACCUACGCCGUUCCCAGAUCUGCAAGCGAAUCAACGAGCAGUGUCGCAAGGUCAAGAACUGCAUGUACUGCGGUUCUGUUCAAGGUCAGAUCCGCAAAGUUGGCGUUCUCAAGCUGGCGCACGACAAGUUCGUGACCUACAACAAAUCCACUUCCGCCAAGAAAGUGCCCCCGGAGAGCAAGAUCAAGUUCGACGAGUCGUUCAGCGAAGCCAGGAAAAACAACGCGGAGCUCGACAAGCAUCUCCGCAAAGCGAUGGAGGACAUGAACCCGUUGAGGGUACUCAAUCUCUUCAAGAUGAUCAGCCCUACCGACUGCGAGCUCCUCGGUCUCGACCCUGCCGAAGGUCGCCCUGAGAUGUUCAUCUGGCAGUUCCUCCCUGCGCCUCCUGUGUGCAUUCGACCCUCCGUUGCUCAGGAUAACGCCAGCAACGAAGACGAUAUCACAACAAAACUUGCCGACAUUGUUUGGGUCAGCGGCAUGAUACGAUCUGCACUGCAGAAGGGUUCUCCAGUCCAGACUAUCAUGGAGCAGUGGGAAUACCUUCAGCUGCAAGUCGCCAUGUACGUCAACAGUGAUGUACCGGGACUUCAGCAGCCUGGAUUUGGCAAGGCCGUUCGCGGUUUCUGUCAGAGACUGAAGGGAAAGCAAGGUCGAUUCCGUGGCAAUCUGUCUGGAAAGCGUGUCGACUUCUCGGGCAGAACGGUCAUUUCACCUGACCCCAACCUCGGAAUCGACCAGGUGGCUGUUCCCCAGCUUGUGGCUAAGAACCUGACCUAUCCGGAACGAGUUUCGGAUUACAACAUCAAUAAGCUCAGAGAAUGCGUUCGGAACGGACCCAACAUCUGGCCCGGUGCGCAGCAAGUUAUAAAGAAUGACGACGGUGGCUACAAAAUCUCAUUGAGGUUCGGUAACAGAAACCAGGUCGCCCAGGAUUUGAAGAUUGGUGAUGUUGUGGAGCGCCAUCUAGAAGACAAUGACAUCGUUCUCUUCAACCGUCAGCCGUCGCUCCACAAGCUCAGUAUUAUGAGCCAUUUGGUAAAGGUACGACCGUGGAGGACAUUCCGACUCAACGAGUGCGUUUGCGGUCCUUACAACGCAGAUUUCGACGGUGACGAGAUGAAUCUUCACGUUCCCCAGACCGAAGAAGCUCGUGCAGAGGCCAUCAACCUCAUGGGCGUCAAACACAACUUAGCAACGCCGAAAAACGGUGAGCCCGUCAUUGCCGCCACCCAGGAUUUCAUCACUGCUGCGUAUCUCUUGAGCGGCAAGGACAGAUUUUUUGACCGCAAAACAUUUACCUACAUCUGCAUGCACAUGAUGGACGGAAUCGUCCACCUGGACCUUCCACCUCCCGCUAUCCUGAAACCCCAAGCUCUCUGGACGGGCAAGCAAGUAUUCAGCAUGAUGAUGCGCCCCAACAAGGACAGCCCCGUCAAGAUCAACCUGGACGCCAAGUGCAGAGAAUACAAGGCCAGAGCUGGCCAAUGUCCAGACAUGGACCCGAACGACGGUUGGCUUGUCAUUCGCAACUCCGAGGUCAUGUGCGGCAGAAUGGACAAGUCUACUGUUGGUUCCGGAAAGAAGGACUCGGUCUUUUACGUCAUUCUCAGAGAUUUCGGCCCAGAUGCCGCCGUGGUAACAAUGAACCGUCUUGCCAAACUGUGUGCUCGUCAUUUGACGAACCGUGGAUUUUCUAUUGGAGUUGGAGACGUCUAUCCAACCCAGCUUUUGCUCGAGAAGAAGAGCAAGAUGAUCAAGGACGCAAACAAGGACGUCGACGAACUGAUUGACAAGUAUAAGAGAGGCAAGCUUGACAAGGCCACUGGUUGCAGCAUGGAGGAGACUCUUGAAAACUCCAUUUCGGGACUUCUCAGCAAGGUCAGAACUCAAGCAGGUUCUCACUGUAUCGAAACGCUGAGCAGAAACAAUGCCCCACUGGUCAUGGCCAAGUCUGGUUCCAAAGGUUCAGAGAUCAACGUCGCGCAGAUGGUCGCUCUAGUCGGCCAGCAAAUUAUCGGCGGAAAGCGAGUUGCCGAUGGUUUCCAGGACAGAACACUUCCCCAUUUCCACAAGAACGCUCCCCAACCGCCGUCAAAGGGUUUCGUCGCCAACAGUUUCUACUCUGGUCUCCUCCCUACAGAAUUCAUCUUCCACGCCAUGUCUGGUCGUGAAGGUCUGGUUGAUACAGCUGUCAAGACAGCCGAGACUGGUUACAUGUCGCGAAGAUUGAUGAAGUCUCUCGAGGAUCUUUCCACUCAAUACGACGACACGGUCCGAACAUCAGGAGGAGGCAUUGUCCAGUUCCAAUUUGGCGCAGACAAGCUGGACCCUGUGGAUAUGGAGGCGUCGGCGAAGCCUGUCAACUUUGACCGAACCUUCUCACAUGCCGAGAACCUGACAUGGGACAAUGAGGAGGCUGCCCUUCUACCUGACGAAAUGGUCAGGUACUGCGACAGCAUGUUAUCUGUAGAACGUGCUCGCUACCCAAGAAAGUCCCUUGUCGGAGACUUAACCCUCGACUACGACAACGAAGAGGAUAGGUUCACAGACGAGCACGAAGGUGCCAGAGAUUUCUUGAGGUCACUAGAGUCCUACGUUGGCAGUCGAGCCAAUAAGCUCCGUCGUGUCAUGGAGCUCACUGGCCUUACGGCCAGUGCCGACAGCAUGGAGGUCGAUCUCGACGAAAACGAGGUUAAGGCGAAGAAGGCAUUCGCGGACAAGGUUGCCAAGGUGUCGGAGACGACCCUUCGGCUAUUCGUGCGACUCUGUCUAGAGAAGUACAAGAAGGCGCAUGUCGAACCAGGUCACGCCGUUGGAGCCGUCGGAGCCCAGUCGAUUGGUGAGCCUGGUACCCAAAUGACGCUUAAGACCUUCCAUUUCGCCGGUGUCGCUGGUAUGAGUAUCACGCAGGGUGUUCCGCGUAUCAAGGAAAUCAUCAAUGCCUCGAAGACCAUUAGUACCCCUGUCAUCACCUGUCCGCUAGUACAGGACAGGGAGAUGACGGCGGCCCGCAUUGUCAAGGCGCGUAUCGAGAAGACUUUCGUUGAAGACAUUCUCAGCUCCAUUGAGGACGUGUGGUUCGCGGACUCGGGAAAUGUUGUCCUGCAAGUGGACAUGGAUGCGUUGUCCGACAUGCAGCUGGGCAUUGGACUGAGCGACGUGGCCGAAGCAAUCUGCAAACACAAGAAACUCAAGGUAUCGAGGCAGGACAUGAACAUCGGCCCGGGCAGGAUAGAAGUCCGCGUUCGUCUGGACGAGUCCGCCAGCUCCAAGAGGUCCGUCAAGGCAAAGCCUGUGGAUGAGCACGGCGACCUUUUGGUACGGGCCAACUACCUCCGCAGGACAAUCCCGACAGUGGCCAUUUCAGGAUACCCGGACGCAACGCGUGCCAUCAUCCAGACCUCAGAACACGAAACCCACACUGUCCUAGUCGAAGGAUAUGGUCUGCAAAAGUGUAUGAACACUGAAGGCGUUGAAGGGCGCAGGGUAAAAUCAAACAACGUCAUGGAGUGCCGAGAUGUGCUGGGUAUCGAGGCGGCGAGAACGACAAUUGCACACGAAAUCGGGGAGGUCAUGGGAGACAUGGGCAUCGACCCCCGCCACAUGCAGCUACUCGCAGAUGUCAUGACUUACAAGGGAGAGGUGCUGGGUAUUACACGAUUUGGUCUCUCCAAGAUGAGAGACAGUGUGUUGCAACUGGCAUCCUUUGAGAAGACACCCGACCAUCUGUUCGAGGCCGCCGCGGGCAUGAAGACGGAUCAGAUUGAGGGAGUGAGCGAGUGCAUCAUCAUGGGCCAGACCAUGUCGGUCGGAACCGGCGCAUUUCACGUCGUCCGCCGCCUCGCCCUGGAGAAGGGAGAUGUUGGGCAACGGAAGACGACGUUUGAAGAUGCGUGGGCGGCCGAGACAACGCUCAAGCGAAAGUCGCGGCGACAUGUCUAA